AUGAGUUCUCCUACAAGUAUAGAUGACGAACCUUCUGCGAUGCAACCUGCUCCUGUGGUUCUUGAAAAGUGCUCUAGCAGAGAAGACAACUUCCCCCAUCUUAAAUCUUCAUCUAAUCCUCGUUCAGGUAGUGGGGUCAGAUUCAUCAAGAAAUUCAUGGAUGAUGCCGAUGGAAGCGAUGACUAUACAGAAUUGAAACAUUCUUUAAUAACAAAACGUCGGUUAUCUGACGGCCAUCGGAGUAAGAUUCAACAGUUAAACUAUGAGAAAUCUCGUUUACUAAAUCUUCCAACAGAAGUGUUACUUCAAAUCUUUCAUUAUUUAGAUCGAAAAGAUCUUUAUGCUUUAUUAACAGUAUGCCGAGAAUUUGCAGAUUUAAUCAUUGAAAUUCUUUGGUUCCGUCCAAAUAUGCAAAAUGAUCAUUCUUUUAAAUAUAUCAAAGAAAUCAUGGAAUUACCAAGAGAGAAAACCCAUUGGGAUUAUCGGUUAUUCAUAAAAAGAUUAAACUUAUCAUUCAUGACAAAAUUAGUUGAUGAUCAUCUUCUAUCCUUAUUCACUGGUUGUCCAAAAUUGGAACGAUUGACUUUAGUUAAUUGUAACAAAUUAACCUAUAAACCAAUAACUCAAGUACUCCAAAAUUGCGAAAGACUUCAAUCAAUUGAUCUUACAGGAGUCGCAGAUGUUAGAGAUGAAAUCAUAGAUACUUUGGCAGCCAAUUGUAAACGUUUACAAGGUUUAUAUGCUCCAGGGUGUGGCAAAGUUAGUGAGUCUUCUAUAAUAAAUCUUAUUCGUUCAUGUCCAAUGUUGAAACGAUUGAAAUUCAAUAACUCGGAGAAGAUCACCGAUGAAACUAUUUUGGCUAUGCAUGAAAAUUGUAAAUCAUUGGUGGAGAUUGAUUUACAUAAUUGUCCUAAUGUAACUAAUAAACACUUGAGAUCAGUGUUUUCUAGUUUACUUCAAUUGAGAGAAUUCAGAAUUAGUAAUGCAGCAGGUAUAACUGAUCAAUUAUUGGAGCUUCUACCUGAUGAAUAUUGCUUGGAGAAAUUACGUAUUGUUGACAUUACCGGAUGUAAUGCUAUAACAGAUAAAUUGGUUGAAAAAUUGGUUAUUUGUGCACCCAGACUUAGAAAUGUUGUUUUAUCCAAAUGCAUGCAAAUUACAGAUGCUUCCUUAAGAGCAUUAAGUCAAUUGGGUAGAAGUCUACAUUAUGUUCAUUUAGGUCAUUGUGCUUCAAUUACGGAUUUUGGAGUUGCAUCACUUGUAAGAUCAUGUCACAGAAUACAAUACAUUGAUCUUGCCUGUUGCUCUCAAUUAACAGAUUGGACGUUAGUGGAAUUGGCAAACUUACCUCGGUUACGUCGUAUUGGUUUAGUCAAAUGCAAUUUAAUAUCGGAUACGGGUAUUAUGGAAUUGGUUCGUCGUCGUGGAGAACAAGAUUGUCUUGAAAGAAUUCACUUAUCAUAUUGCACAAAUUUAUCUUUGGGACCAAUACAAGUAUUGUUGAACAAUUGUCCUAAGUUAACUCAUUUGUCUUUGACAGGCAUACAUGCAUUUCUCAGAAGGGAGAUAACUCAAUAUUGCCGUGACCCCCCAGCUGAUUUUAGUGAACAACAAAAGAACCAAUUUUGCGUUUUCUCUGGAAAUGGUGUGAAUCAAUUACGUCAACACUUGAAUAUGGUACUGACUGAUGGUCAUUUUAACGUCCAACAUGGUAAUGAUAUGAAUGCUGUUCAAGAUCGUCGAAGACGAUUCAUGAAUGGACAAAAUGUCAUGGCCGCAGCGGCAGCAGCAGCAGCUAUAAUGGGUAACGAUCGUCAAGGCGUCCUUCCAGAUGAAAUGAUGGAGGAAGAUAACGAUACUGCUACUACUAAUAAUAAUGAUACUACUACCAAUAUGGAUACUGUUGAAAGUACUAAUGGUAAUGGCAGUGGUAUUGCAAAUGGUGAUAGAAAUCUUCGGAAUUUCAUGAGGCAACGGUUCAGAUUAAUGGCGGCUCCUGAAAUGCAGCAGAACCCUGAAAUGGCUGCUAUAAACAGGGAAAUAUUUAGAGAACUAAAUCAGGGUAACAUGAAUCCCAAUGAGAUGCGGGAGCAUUUCAACAGACUACUUCAGGCUCAACAGGGAAUUUUGGAGCAACAGACUGAUACAGCAGGUCAAGCGCAAGCUCAAGGCGCAGCUCCACAACUUGGAAUGAUGCAAAUUCAACCCAAUCAACAACCAGAUACACCCGUCAACAUGACAGGGUUUCAGGAAUAUGCUCAACAAUUCAAUUUCAUGCGAAGAAUGGCUUUGAGACAAGAUAAUGUUCCAAAUGGUGGUGGUCAACGAGACGAAGAAGGUGGUUUACGAAUUACACAACGGGGUUCCAAUCUUCACCCUAGAGGUACAGAUCUUCAACCUAAUACCCCACAAAUUGACCAACCUGCGGUAUUCCCUAAUCAAAAUGCUGCCCCCAACGUUGACCUAAAUGAAUUGGAUAGUGGAGAUGAAGAUGCAGAGAUGGAGCCGACAUUGUUGUUCCCACCUAUACAAUAA